AUACUUUUUUAAGAUGUUCAACAAUCUCAGUCGCUAAAAUCGGUUGCACCACGCGGUACAGGACGGAUCAGCUCGAACUGAAUCCACCGCCCCCACCACUCAGGCACGCACGCGCGCAGCUCACGCCGGAGGCAACAAGGCAAGAGAGGCGGCGGCCCGAAGAGGCGAACCGGUCGGCCGGCGAUGGCGUUCACGAUGCGCGCGGUGAAGGUGCCGCCGAACUCGGCGUCGCUGGAGGAAGCGCGGCACCGCGUGUUCGACUUCUUCAAGCAGGCCUGCCGCUCCAUCCCGUCCGUCAUGGAGAUCUACAACCUCGAGGACGUCGUCACCCGGGCCCAGCUCCGCUCCAGCAUCGCCCAGCAGAUCCGCAGGAACCAGGCCGUCACCAACCCCAAGGUUAUUGAUAUGCUUCUGUUCAAGGGCCUGGAGGAGCUGAACAACAUAGCUGAGCAUGCAAAGCAGCGCCAUCACGUGAUUGGCCAGUAUGUGAUCGGAGAGGGCCUGCUGCAGGACCUGGGCUCAAAGGACCAAGGGAGCUCCGAGUUCCUGAAGAAAUUCUACACAGGCAAUUACUUCUAAUCUGAGUUACAAAUUUCCACCUUCUGUCAUACUGGGGAGGUGCUUUGAAUAAGACGCCGAGGGCCAAUCGUUUUUCCACUGGAGGUUUGAUUUGUUUGGUCCUUCAAUCCGCUGCUCAAUGUGUUGCUGUUGUUAGUUGUUUGUGACUUGUACACUGUGUACUUAUCAAGUUGAUGUUUAUGGGUUGAGCCUACCAAGAUGGAACUUUCUUGUGUUUUUUCUGACUCGGGUGAGCUCAACAUGCUGACAGCCUUCGAAUGGACAGAAACUGUAAAUUAUUGGCUCUAUCUUC